UAAUACAACAUUCGUCUUACCCUGACAUACCGGACCACUUCAGUUACCAGUGAUUAUGACCCUCCUUGCUCCAAACAUUUUGUUGAAGUUUUUAACGGCUCAUAUCCGACGAAUACAUCACUCGGUCGUUUCUGUGAAACUAUGAUUUCUCAAACGAUCAUCAUCAACACUUCGUCGACUUAUGUUAUGCUUUGGGUAGAUUCUGACUUAAACCCAAAUGAAAGACCAAUCUUUUCAGCUAACUAUAAGUUUAUAUUGGAACCAGGUCAAGAUAAGAAAGGUGACAUGAAAUCAGACAGCUCACUAGGUGUUGGAGCAAUCAUUGGAAUUGUACUAGGCUGUAUUAUUGGUUUUUUGGUCAUCUCAGUGCUCAUCUUUUUUCGUUGCCGUAAAUCAAGAAGACAAAACCACGCUGGGCAUGCUUACAGGGAUCCUAAUGGUGCUAAUUUCGGGACAAACCUGGCGUAUAUAGUAUAUAGUUCGCCAGCGCGGGCGAAUUGGACAUAAUGGAAAACAGCUU